ACACGUCCCCUGCAGCCGCCACCGCCAGGCGCCGUGUGGAGGGAGCCGGACUCGGGCCUGGCGAGCCGGGGCCGCCGCCGCCGCUCGCUGCCCGCCGCGGGAUAAAUGCGCCAGGGGCGGCGCGGGCGCCCCGGGCAGUGAGGGGGAGGCCGCCGGCCCCGCGCUCUCGGCCCCCGGCGGCCCCAUGGCUUUCACCCGGAAGAGGCGGCAGGAGCAGCAGCUCUACUCCAAGGAGAGAUUUUCGCUGCUCCUUCUUAAUCUGGAGGAAUAUUAUUUUGAACAGCAUACAGCUAACCAUAUUAUAAACAAAGAUUGCAGAGAUGAAAGGAAAAUCAGAGGUUCACUAAAAAUCUGCUCAAAAUCAAUUAUUUUUGAACCGGAUGAGAAAAUCCAACCCAUUAUUAAGAUUCCAUUGCGAGAUUGUAUCAGUAUAGAAGCACCAGAAGAUAAUGAAGCAAAUAACCCUUUCACCUGGUAUACACCUGGAGUGAUUUCUGUUGUAUCCAAUCAGGCUUUUCUCAUUAAAGAACAAAACAUUAUUGCACCUUAUAAAACUGAAAGAGGUAAAACUGAAUACCUCUUUCAGUUGGAUGUUGCUGGGAAGGUGGAUGAUGUUAUACAGACUCUACUUCAGCUUAACCGGGCCUCUCAUCUGGACAAGCUGGGAGAUCAGGCUGCCAUGAUAACUGCUAUAUUGCAGUCACGUUUGGCUAGAACAUCAUUUGAUAAAAACAGAUUUCAAAAUGUUUCUGAAACCUUGCAUAUGGAAUGUGAAGCAGAAAUGGUGACACCACUGGUGACUAAUCCGGGGCAUGUAUGCAUCACUGAUGCAAACCUGUAUUUCCAGCCUCUUAAUGGGUAUCCUAAACCUGUGGUUCACAUAAUGAUGCACAAUGUCCGUCGCAUCUACAAAAGAAGACAUGGUCUAAUGCCAUUGGGUCUAGAAGUAUUUUGCACGGAAAAUGACCUGUGUUCUGACAUCUACUUAAAAUUCUACAACUCUCAAGAUCGAGAUGAGCUCUAUUUCUAUAUUGCAACAUAUCUAGAAAAUCAUAUUACAGAGCAGACGGCUGAGAGUUACAUGUUGCAAUGGCAGCGAGGUCAUAUUUCAAACUACCAGUACCUUCUUCAUCUCAACAAUCUGGCUGAUCGGAGCUGCAAUGAUCUCUCCCAGUAUCCUGUAUUUCCUUGGAUCAUAGCAGAUUAUUCUAGUUCAGAAUUAGAUUUGACAAAGCCUGAAACAUUCCGGGACCUUAGUAAACCAGUUGGUGCUCUGAAUAAAGAGAGGCUGGAAAGACUACUGACACGUUAUCGGGAAAUGCCAGAGCCUAAGUUUAUGUAUGGCAGCCACUACUCGUCUCCAGGUUAUGUUCUGUUCUAUCUUGUUAGAGUUGCACCAGAGUACAUGCUUUGUUUACAAAAUGGAAAGUUUGAUCAUGCUGACAGAACGUUCAACAGUAUUGCAGAAACCUGGAAAAACUGUUUGGAUGGUGCAACAGACUUCAAAGAACUGAUUCCAGAAUUCUAUGAAAAUGAUUCCAGUUUUCUAGUAAAUAGUCUGAAGCUGGACCUGGGGAAAAGACAGGGAGGAAAGAUGGUUGAACAUGUAGAACUUCCUCCUUGGGCAUCAGAUCCUGAUGACUUUCUUCAGAAGAGCCAAAAUGCCUUAGAAAGCCAGUAUGUGUCAGAAUAUCUCCAUGAAUGGAUUGACUUAAUAUUUGGCUACAAGCAGAAGGGAAGUGAGGCCAUUGCAGCCCACAAUGUGUUUCAUCCAUUAACUUAUGAAGGUGGAGUGGAUUUGAACAGUAUUAUGGACCCCAAUGAGAAAGUAGCUCUGUUGACACAAAUCUUGGAGUUUGGACAGACACCGAAACAGUUGUUUACAACUCCUCAUCCCCGGAGGAUAAUACCGAAGUUCAAAAGUUUGCGAACAUCCAGUCACAAUGUUUCCAUAGCUGAAUCUCCAGUUUCUCCAAGUGAAGAAUCUUUUGAAGAUUUGACAGAAGAAAGUAUAACGCUUGCAUGGAACAACAUUGCCAAACUAAAGUUAGAUGAGCAACAUAAAAUUCAUAAAGAGGAAAUUACUGGAAUAGCAGUCUCUUGCAAUGGGUCUUCAGUUUUCACAACAUCUCAAGAUUCAACCCUGAAGAUGUUUUCUAAAGAAUCAAAAACGCUCCAAAGAAGUGUGUCCUUUUCAAACAUGGCUUUGUCAUCUUGUUUAAUCUUACCAGGAGACACCACUGUCAUAAGCUCUUCGUGGGACAAUCAUAUCUAUUUUUAUUCAGUCGCAUUUGGAAGACGACAGGAUACCCUAAUGGGACAUGAUGAUGCCGUCAGCAAGAUCUGCUGGCAUGAUAAUCGCUUGUAUUCUGCAUCUUGGGACUCCACUGUAAAGGUGUGGCACUGUGUUCCUGCAGAGGUCCUGGGCACCAAAAGGCAUCAUUUUGAAUUGCUUGCUGAGUUAGAACAUGAUGUUAGUGUAAAUACUAUCAACCUAAAUGCUGCAAAUGCAAUGCUGGUGUCCGGAACCAAAGAAGGUACCAUUAGUAUUUGGGAUGUUACUACUGCCACUAUGUUGCACCAACUUUCAUGUCAUUCAGGGACCGUGUAUGCUGCUGCUUUUAGUCCUGACAGCAGACAUCUGCUCAGCACAGGAGAAGAUGGCUGUUUUAAAGUAAUAGAUGUGCAAACUGGAAUGCUCAUCUCUUCUAUGACCUCAGAGCAGCCACAAAGAUGUUUCAAAUGGGAUGGACAUUCUGUGUUAUCAGGAAGCCAGUCUGGUGAAUUAUUGGUUUGGGACCUUCUUGCGGGAAAAGUUAUUGAAAGAAUCAAAGGACAUACAGGUGCUGUAACUUGUAUGUGGAUGAAUGAGCAAUGCAGCAGUAUUAUCACAGGAGGGGAAGAUAAACAAAUCAUGUUCUGGAAACUGCAAUAUUAAGUGCCUUUUCCCUCCAGAUAUUUAAAUGAACUCAAUAUAUUUUAAACCAAACUUCAUAAAGGAACUUACCCAUGUGCAAUGAUGGCUGCGGAAGGUCAACCAAAUAGAAAGCUUGGUUUAUCUAAAACUUUCUAGCUUAUGGUGACUUCAUUUAAAGCUCUUGUACUGUAAUUUCCAUACUGUAAUAUUUUUGUUUGUAUUUCAUUAUGGCUGUCAUAUUGUCUCAACUUGAAAAUGCUUGUCUUAAUUUGAGAUGAAAGACUUAUUUUUCUGUAAUUAAAGAGAUUUUAACUUGCA